AUAAUAGGCCGAUUUAGGCCCGAACCGGUUCGAGAUGUUGAUUUGACCCGACUCAGAGUCGGGUCCAUCUUUCGUUUUAGUUUCAGUCUAAUCUCGACCGUUCAAUAGAAUCCAACGGUCAACAAGUGAGCACAAAGACAGAAGCAAACACCUCUCUGCGUUUUUUCUUCACGGCAGAACACAGACACUCACAUUCGACACAAUCUCUUGUUCCUAGUCUUCUCCUAAAUCCUAUAAUGUCAAGCUGCUUCAUGUGCUCUUUCUCCUCAGGUCAGUGAUCAAUCUUUCCUGAAUUCUCGUUUACCCAUUUGAACAAUUUUUGUUUUUACCGCUGUAAAUAGCAAAAUCUGUUGCAUGAACUCUUGCAAUGCUCAUAAAGCUCCGGUCUUUAACAUUUUCCAAGAGAUUCCCCUUCCGGGUCUGUUCGAAAGCAUGCUUUUCUGCACUUUCCUGCACUCAAACCAUUGAAAUUUUCUCGGGAAACAAUCAGGACCCAGAAAAUUCAUCCGACUUUGAACAAAAUAUCCAGUCUUUGAGGAAUCAGCUUGUACCGGAUAACUUAAUCCGGGUUCUGGAUAACACUGAUGAUUUGAGCUCAGCAGUGAAGGUGUUCAAAUGGGCUUCCCUGCAAAAACGGUUUAAUCACACCGCGGAUACGUAUUUUCGGAUUGUUUUGAAACUGGGUUUGGCUGGAAAUGUUGAGGAGAUGGAGGGAUUUUGUCAAAAUAUGGUGAAAGAUCGGUGUCCCAGUGUCGAAGAGGCGCUUUUGGCACUGAUUGAUGUGUUUGUUAGGCAUUGCAGAUUAAGUGAGGCAAUGAGGGUGCUUGUGAAUUUCAAAGCAGGUGGCUUUAGGCCUUCAAUUGAGACAUUUAAUGGUGUAUUGGGUGCCCUUGUGAAGGAUAAGAGAGAUUUUCGAGAUGUUUUGUUCGUCUAUAAGGAGAUUGUGACGGCAGGAAUCGUGCCAAGUAUUGAUACUUUGAAUUAUUUGUUAGAGGCAUUGUUGGAGAGCGGCCGCAUUGAGUCUGCUAUUGAUCAGUAUAGAAGAAUGAAGAAGAAAGGGUGUAGUCCUAACAGUAGGACUUUUGAGAUUCUCAUAAGAUCCUUUAUUGUUAAGGACCGAGUUGAUGAAGCUGUUAUUGUUUUCAAUGAAAUGCUUGAUCUUGGUUGUCAGCCUGAUUUGAGUUUUUAUUCCUGCAUAAUACCUUUGUUUUGUCAGGAAAAUAAACUGGAGGAGGGAAUUAGAUUGUUCGAAAUGAUGAGAACUUCUAAUUUUACGGCGGAUUCAUUGGUUUAUGAGGUUCUGUUGCAGUCUUUAUGCAAGAACCUUGGAUUGGAUGAUGCAAUAAAGGUUUUAGAAGAGAUGAUGGAAACUGGGUUGAUGCCGCCAAAUAAUGUCUUUGCAGUUGUAGUAUAUGUGUUUUGUAAAUUAGGGAAGGUAGAUGACGCGAUGAAGUUCUUGGAAGAUAAGCAAAUCAUGGAAACUUCUGCCUGCAAUGUACUGCUUGAAGGUUGCUGCAGUACUGGAAAAUUUCUUAUGGCGGAAGAUUUACUUGUGAAAAUGUCUGAAAGAAAUGUGGCUGAUUGUAAUUCUUGGAAUAUUGUUAUCAGAUGGCUCUCCGAGCAUGCAAGGAUUAGGGAAGUGCGUGAACUUCUUGGUAGAAUGGUGGUUUCUUGUUCUCUUCCUGACUGUGACACAUACUCGGCUCUAGUUGUUUGCCACUGCAAAAUGAGCAACUACAGAAAUGCUAUGGAUAUAUUUGAUCAUAUUUGUGCCAAAAGCUGGGUUUUGGAUCAUACAUCUUACUCUGAGCUUGUCAAAGGCCUUUGCCUAGGGGAAAUGAUUCAUGAGGCUACUGAAGUGUUCUGUUACAUGUCUAGUAAUAGAUGUUCGAUCGAGCCUUCCUCGUUCAAUAUGCUGAUCAAGGAUUUGUGUGAGACAGGAAAGGUUGACGAAGCAAUAAGGGUACAACAAUUGGCCUAUUAUUCCGGUACUUCUUCUACCAGUUCAACUUACUCAACUAUUAUGCUUGGAUUGUCAAAAUUAGACAAGGUAAAAGAUCUGUUGAUAAUCCUCUCAAAAAUGCUGUUGGAGGGUUGCAGUCUUGAUUUGGAUGCAUACUGCGUGCUCAUACAAAGCAUGAGUGUGCAGAAUCGAAUGAAACAAUGCUUAUUGCUUUUCAAUAUGAUGGUCGAUGAGGGUCUUGUACCUGAUUCCAAGAGACUAUUUAAUCUACUCUCUUGUAUAGCCAACCAUUCUCAGUUGCACAUGAUUUCGUGUUCAAUAAAUAAACUAACUUCCGAUGGUAAAGUUCUAAAUUCAGCAAUCUACAACUUGCUGAUUAAUGGCUUCUGGAAAGAGGGUUAUAAAUGUGAGGCGUGUCGAUUUUUGGAUACAAUGUUAGAAAAGGGUUGGGUCCCAGAUGCUAAGACUCAUGGAUUGCUGAUUGGGUCUGGUGUUAGCGAAGAAGUAGAUAGGAACAGGCUGGACUAUGACAAUUCUACUGUAGAUACUGUUAGCAACAUCCUUGCAGAGGGCUUAGAUGCAACACGAUGGAAACUUCCAUCGCGGUAAUCAGGUUAUGACCUGUUGGUCGCUCAACUUCUUUUGGUGAAGUGUGAUCUGGUCUCAGAUGUUCACUGUUGAAGAUUUUGUCUCCAUAAUCAGUCACACCUGAGCCGUUUGCAGCUAUGGUUCAUAUUUUGUGCAAUGGAUCCGGGAGCUGUUGCCUGCCAUGUAUGAUAGUUUUCUUCACCUUCACCUCUGAGGUUCAUGGAUCUCUUCUACAUAUUCAAACCCUAACCUACGCCAAGAAAGCCAAAUCGUUCGAGCAAGAGGAAAGGCAGAAGGCAGAGCAGUGCUGUCCUAUUUGAACUAGCUCAUGGGGAAGCUCUGUGUAAUCAUAAGUUGAAGCCAGUUUAAAUAGAGAAGAAUCCCAAGUCAGAACCAGACACCGGUGCUGAAGUUUUUCCCCGAGACAUCUUCGGACCUCACUUAUGCAGUACUUUUCUUGAAGGAAAAGGGUACAAGGAUGUAAUGAGAGGCAGAGAGGAGUGAAGGUUCGGAUCGAAGUGGUUAUAGGUACUUUUCCUCCUUGUUGAGGUGACUAGUGCGGCUGAACUGCAGCUAGUAGCCGCUCUUCGCUAUUCCGACCCUCUUGUGACAGGUUACGUCAUCUACUAAGAUUCGGACAGUUCUGUCACAAUAGAUUAGGUAUCCUUUUACGAGAGGGUCGGAAUCGCGAAGAGUCAGCCAACUGCAUUCGUAAGUAUUAACAUGACAGGCGAGUUUUCAACAUAAUCAAAAGCUCAGCACUAUAAUCUUAGGGGAUCCGUGUGGCAAGUCAUAAAUCCGACUGAAUUUGCGUAUUUAAAGGCUAGACCUCACUCGAGGCCCCCCCACCAACCACACCACCACGGCAACCACCAUCAAUGCCGUUCACCCCCAAGGGUUGGCAUGUUUACCAUACAAAGACAGUCUUUGGGACCAACGCUCAGCUUCGACCCGUGACAAUCACGGCUUUGGACAUGGAAGGAGGCGGCGGUAUUGGCCGCUCAACGACAAGUAAAGGGGAAUAUCUUCAAGCUAAACGCUCAAUUUAUUUGUAUAAAUGAAUUAAACAUUGGCCAGCUGACCAAAAGGAUAAUUUACAAGAGAAAAGGACGAAACCUACAGAUCUCAAAUUCCAAAUCCAA